AUGUCACCCGGGGAAUCUUCGGAACCACUGUCUCUUCCCGAAGACGUCAUCGUGGACAUCAUAGCACGUGUACCAAGAUUCGACUAUCCAACACUCUCCCUCGUUUCUAAGCACUUCCGGUCACUUGUUACGUCGCCUAAGCUAUACGCGAGUCGAUCCUUGUUGGGCUUCACCGAACACUGUCUCUAUGUUGUACUCUAUAAUCACUUUGAUAAUUCGAAUUCCCGGUGGUAUAUUCUCUGCCGCAAACCAGACGGCAACCUUCGCUUAGUCCUUAUCUCGUCGCUUCCCCCUUUGCAUGGCAAUGGGAGCUUUGUCGCGGUGGGUUCAAUGAUAUAUGUGUUUGACAAUACGACAUCAAGUGCCUCAAGUAUCGAUUGUAAAUCUCACACGGUGCAAAAGCUCCAUAAUAUGCCUAUACACAUGGUUCAUACAGUCGCUGGCCUCAUUGAUGGGAAAAUAUACGUAAGUGGAUAUUGUAAUCGUGCUUCGAAAAAUGUCAUGGUGGUGUUCAAUACAGAAACAAAAAUGUGGGAGCCAGAGAUAAAGCCAAUUGCAAACAAGGAGACAUGCAAAAGGUGGACGCGUAAUUGUGUGGUGAUGGCUGGUAAGAUUUACACGAAAGAUCCUUUUAAUAGCUUUA